AUGGCGCUGCGCUGCUCCAUCUCUGCGUCCCUCCUGCAUCAGCUUCGCUCUGCACUGACAGCAUCGGCGACAGCAGGCGUGCGCAGCCUGAGUGAUGCGGCGCAUGCCGCUCCUGGCAGUGGCAGGUUGCCAGCAGACGGGCUGACGCUCCAGGAUUUCAUCAGGCAGCACGGCCGCAGCCCGGAUGCCGCGCCCCUGCAGCCUCCGCCGGGCACUGCCCUGGCCGCCGCCUCUGCGGCCAGCGCUCGCACAGCGCCGCCGCUCUAUGCACCGUCGCCGGCUGCGCUCCCUGAUGCCGCCUCGCCGCCACGCACGGCGUUUGUGGAGACCUACGGCUGCCAGAUGAACGUCAACGACUCAGAGGUUGUGCUGGCGAUCUGGCAGCGGCUCGGGUACUUGAAGAGCCUAAAGCGGCGGCCCGGCGCGGAGCGCCGCCCGCCGCCCGUGGUGGGCGUGCUGGGCUGCAUGGCGGAGCGGCUCAAGGAGCGGCUGCUGGAGCGGGAGAAGCUGGUUGACAUUGUUGCGGGGCCCGAUGCCUACAGGGACCUGCCGCGCCUCAUCGACAUCGUGCAGGGCGGCGCCGGCGGCCCGGGCGGCGUCCUGGGCAGCGGCGGCCUGCCGCGGCCGGGCGGGCGCGCGGCCGCCAUGAACGUGCAGCUGAGCGCCGACGAGACGUACGCCGACAUCACGCCCCUGCGCCAGCCAGACGCGCUCUCGGCCUUUGUCAGCAUCAUGCGUGGCUGCAACAACAUGUGUGCCUUCUGCAUCGUUCCCUACACGCGAGGCCGCGAGCGCAGCCGCCCGCUGCAGUCCAUCGUGCGCAUGCUGUCUGAGCAGGGGGUGCGGGAAGUCACGCUGCUGGGGCAGAACGUGAACAGCUAUGCAGAUUUUAGCAACAACCACGAUGACAGCAGCAGUGGUGUUGGCAGCAGCAGCCGUGGCGGCGGCGUGGAGGAGGCGAGUGCGGGUGAGGAUCCAUUUGGAGCGGUCUACGCCCGCGGCUUCCGCAGCGCGUACCGCCCGCGGCGCCAGGGCGCCGCCAGCUUUGCCGAGCUGCUGGAUGCGGUGGCUGGUGUGGACCCUGAGAUGCGCAUCCGCUUCACCUCGCCGCACCCAAAGGACUUCUCCGACGAUGUGCUGCGGGUCAUCGCCUCGCGCCCCAACGUCUGCAAGCAGCUGCACAUGCCGGCGCAGAGCGGCAGCAGCGCUGUGCUGGAGCGCAUGCGGCGGGGGUACACCCGGGAGGCGUACGACGCGCUGGUGCGCCACGUGCGCAAUGCCAUACCAGAGGUGGCGCUCAGCACCGACAUGAUUGCCGGGUUCUGCGGGGAGGGGGAGGAGGACCACGCCGCCAGCCUGGACCUGGUGCGCAGCGCGGGCUACGACCAAGCCUUCCUCUUUGCAUACUCCAUGCGCGGCAAGACGCACGCCGCACGGCACUACCAGGACGAUGUGCCUGAGGAGGUGAAGCAGCGGCGGCUGGCUGAGCUGAUCGCGGCCUACCGGCAGGAGCUGUACCGCCGGGCCGCCGCCGAGCUGGGCCGCCGCCACCUGGUGCUGGUGGAGGGGCCCUCGCGGCGCUCAGAGUCGGCCCUGACCGGCAGAACGGACACCUUCAAGCGGGUGGUUUUUGAUGAUGUGGCGGUGCCUGCCAGCUACCGCUACGGUGGCAGCAGCGGUGAUGGCAGCAGCAGCAUUGAGGCGCCCCUGGUGCGCCUGCAGCCAGGCGACUACGUGGCUGUGGAGGUGACGACGGCGGGCGGCACGCUGCGGGCGCGCCCGCUGGCGAGGACCACCCUGCGGGAGUUUGUGGCGGCGCACGGCUCGGCAGCGCCGCUGGGCGUGGCGGGAGGCAGCGAGCGCGGCGCUGAGGAGGCGACAGAGUGCCUCCAGAGCAUAGCGGUUUGA